UUAAAUAUACCCAACAAUGUCAUCUAAAGCAAUUUUCGAGGGAGAUGGAAAGCGUUUAUUGAAGUUACAUCUCAAGGACGAUUCCUUCAAGAGUCCAUCAUUCAUCAACAUCUCUGAGCAUGAUAAUUUGGACGAAAUAUCAGUGGAUUGGCCUAAAGAAGAGAAGUUGGUUGUAAAGCCUGAUCAGUUGAUCAAGAGACGGGGUAAACUGGGUUUGCUGAAAGUGAACACAGAUUGGACUGGUGUGAAGGACUGGUUAAAUUUGAAACGUGGUCACGAAAUUCAAGUGGAGAAGACUACUGGCAAAUUAAAGAAUUUCAUUGUGGAACCUUUUGUUAAGCAUGAACAGAAUGAAGAGAUGUACGUAUGUAUUUACACACAAAGAGAUGAGGAUGUCAUAUUAUUUCAUCACCAAGGUGGAAUGGACAUUGGCGAUGUUGAUGGAAAAGCGCUUCGGUUAACGAUCCCCAUAGGAAAGGAAUUGGAAAUUUCUCGUAUUCAAUCGGAACUUCUGAAAAAUGUUUGUGACAGCAGCAAAACACGCAUUGGAAGCUUUAUCAAAAAUUUAUUUGUAGUUUAUGUUGACCUUCACUUUACGUAUUUGGAAAUAAAUCCUCUUGUUGUAAAAGAAGAUGGAAUUUAUGUUCUUGAUCUUGCUGCAAAAAUUGAUCAAACGGCAGAAUAUUUGUGCAGUCGGCAGUGGGGGAAAAUAACAUUUCCACCUCCCUUUGGUCGUGAAGCCUACCCUGAGGAAGCAUUUAUUGCUGACCUUGAUGCAAAAAGCGGUGCGUCAUUAAAAUUAACAGUUCUAAAUAAGAAAGGAAAAAUUUGGACCAUGGUUGCUGGUGGGGGAGCAUCUGUUGUAUACAGUGAUACCAUAGCUGAACUUGGUGGAAGCACUGAAAUGGCAAACUAUGGUGAAUACUCAGGAGCACCCAGUGAAACUCAAACUUUUGAAUAUGCAAAGACGAUUUUAAAAUUGAUGACCGAAGGGGAGCCAUUCCCAGAUGGAAAAAUAUUGAUUAUUGGAGGUGGCAUUGCCAACUUUACAAAUGUAUCAGCCACUUUCGCAGGUAUUGUUAAAGCUCUACAGAUGUAUCAGCAGGAAUUAAUCAAGCAUCAAGUUAAAAUUUUUGUGCGAAGAGGUGGUCCUAAUUACCAAGAAGGUUUACGCAUCAUGAGGGAUCUAGGUGAAACAUUAGGAGUCCCUAUGCAUGUGUUUGGAACAGAAACUCAUAUGACUGCUAUUGUCGGUAUGGCUCUUGGUAAAAGAGAAAUACCCGAGAAAGCAUCUGUUUGUGAUUCAAAUGAUGCAGCUAGCAAAAUGUUUUUCAAUUCUCACGAUGAAAGUACAUCUGGUUCUGGUACUCCGAAAAGAAGGCAUAGUUCAGAAUUAACGUCCAGUCAAGAAUCAGCCAGAAAAAUUGCCACACACGACAGCGAUUAUGUGAUGGUUGACAGUCAGUCCCAUCUACCUACAGAAUUGUUUUCGAAAAGAACAAAAGCUAUUGUGUGGGGAAUGCAGCAGAGGGCUAUCCAGGGAAUGUUGGAUUUUGAUUAUGUUUGUUCAAGGAAAGAAACAUCAGUGAAAGCUAUUGUGUAUCCGUUCAGUGGGAACCAUAAUCAAAAGUUUUAUUUCGGUCACAAAGAAAUCAUGAUACCAGUUUACUCCAAAAUGGAAGACGCUGUUAAAAAAUUUCCUGAUGUUGACGUGCUUGUAAAUUUCGCUUCAUUGCGAUCAGCUUAUGAUGCCACCAUUGAUGCUAUUCAACACAAACAGUUCCGCACAGUUGCUAUAAUUGCUGAAGGUAUUCCUGAAAGAGUGACGCAAAAACUCAACAAGAAGGCUAAAGAACUUGGUGUAAACAUCAUUGGACCUGCUACUGUUGGUGGCAUUAAGCCAGGUUGUUUCAAGAUCGGAAACACAGGUGGCAUGUUAGAUAACAUUCUUGCGUCAAAACUUUACAGACCAGGAAGCGUCGGAUACAUUUCACGCUCCGGAGGCUUGUCAAACGAGUUAAACAACAUUAUUGCACGCAACACUGAUGGCGUUAAUGAAGGGAUUGCAAUUGGUGGAGAUAGAUACCCUGGGACUGUAUUCAUUGAUCACUUCAUGCGCUACCAAGCAAAUCCUGACAUUAAAAUGAUGGUGUUGCUAGGGGAGGUCGGUGGUGUGGACGAGUAUGAAAUCUGUCAAGCGAUCAAAAAAGGACAAAUAACAAAACCUGUUGUAGCAUGGUGCAUAGGAACUUGCGCUGGAAUGUUGUCUACUGAAGUCCAAUUUGGUCAUGCUAACGCCUGUGCAAACAGUGAGAUGGAGACAGCAGUUGCAAAAAAUAAGGCUUUGCAAGAAGCUGGUGCACACGUCCCUCGUUCGUUCGAUGAUCUCGGAAUAACAAUUAAACAAAUCUUUGACAAUCUGGUGGCUGAUGGAACUAUUGUUCCGAAGCCUGAAGUUCGGCCGCCCACGGUUCCUAUGGACUACAGUUGGGCGCAAGAACUUGGACUAAUUCGAAAGCCUUCGUCGUUUAUAUCUGCGAUCUGUGAUGAAAGAGGACAAGAACUGCUAUACGCUGGGAUGAAAAUAUCAGAUGUAUUCAAGGAGGAGAUGGGCAUUGGGGGCGUGCUUGGUCUGUUGUGGUUUCAAAGAAGGCUGCCAUCUUAUGCUUGUAAAUUUAUUGAAAUGUGUUUAAUGAUUACCGCUGACCACGGACCAGCUGUAUCUGGCGCACAUAACACCAUAGUGACGUCACGUGCUGGCAAGGACUUGAUAUCGUCUUUGUGCUCAGGUCUUUUGACCAUCGGCGAUAGAUUUGGUGGGGCGUUGGAUGGCGCUGCUAAUCAAUUCUCUGAAGCGUACGAUUCUGGUAAAUCACCGAUGGAGUUUGUAAAUGACAUGAGAAAGAUGGGAAAGUUGAUUAUGGGAAUCGGUCAUCGUGUAAAAUCGAUCAACAAUCCAGAUAUGCGUGUUGUUAUCAUGAAAGAUUUCAUAAAAGAAAGUUUCCCACAAACACCAUUGUUGGAUUACGCUCUACAAGUUGAAAAAGUUACAACAGCAAAGAAACCGAAUUUGAUAUUGAAUGUGGAUGGAUGCAUCGCUGUUGCUUUUGUUGACAUGCUUCGUCAUUGUGGAUGUUUCACAAGGACGGAAGCAGACGAGUAUAUCAAAAUUGGCGCGAUGAAUGGUUUAUUUGUGCUUGGACGCUCAGUUGGCUUCAUUGGUCAUCAUCUGGAUCAAAAACGAUUAAAACAAGGUUUAUACCGCCAUCCAUGGGAUGAUAUCUCUUACGUCAUACCUGAAACCGCCAAUCCACCUGCGCCCUUUGAAUAAAUGUAACAGAAAACAAUUAUUAUUUAUUAUUUUUUAAUAUUAUUUUUUGUUUAUGUGCCAGUGAAUAAAAAAGUAAAUAGUAUGGAAUGUUAAAAAUAAAAUUUUAUGUUUUCGAAAUAUCCUCAAUGACAAAUCAUGGGUCUAAAAAGUGUUAAAUUUGUCAACCAUUUUUCCAACUUGGAGCAACAUAUAGGUUUGGAUUUACACGCUCUGUUGUCAUAAACUCCACCUUAGCUGCAUUAACGAUAUCAGUUACUAAACUCGGGGAGGGAGGGUUUGGGGGUUUCCUUAAGUAGUGUCUAAAACGCGACAUAUUAGGUUUUUGGAAUCUUGAGAUUUAGUAUGUUGAAAUUUUGGUAAAUUAAUCGAAAUAUUUAUAGUUUUGAUCUACUUGGUGUUUCUGUUACACGAAGUUUUUAGGACGGGGUGGAACAUGGUACUAAAAAAUUAUUUAUAUUUUAUUGUGGUAUAUAUUUACAAAAAUAUGAAUUUUGGGAUUAUUAAAUCUUUGAUAAUUUUGACAGAAUAAUAAAUCUUGGAGUAAAA